UGCGUCAGCCUCCUGAGUAGCUGGGACUACAGGCGCCCGCUACCACUCCCGGCUAAUUUUUUUCUGUGUGUGUUUUUAGUAGAGACGGGGUUUCACCAUUUUGGCCAGGCUGGUCUCGAACUCCUGACCUCAAGUGAUCCGCCUGCCUUGGCCUCCCAAGUUUUGUUUGUUUGUUUUUUAUUUCUUCUAAACAAAACAAAACAAACAGGAUACACGUGCAGAACGUGCAGAGACAGUGUCUCACCUUGUCACCCAGGUUGGAGUGUAGUGGCACAAUGAUAGCUCACUGCAGCCUCGACCUGCGCUCAAGGGAUCAUCCCGCCUCAGCCUCCUAAGCAGCAGCUGGGAAUACAGGACCCUCGGAUUUUUGCUGUCCAGGCACCUCGCCCUUCGCUUCAUGGCCUUCUAGUAGUUCCAGGGUAUUCGCAGUUGUGACCUGCUUCCCGUGAGCCUCUGCUCUACGCCCCUGGAUGGGGCGUGCAUUCCCUACCCAGCAGCCCUCGCGCGGUCCGGCACAGCGGACAGCAGGACUCCAAAAUGGCGUCAGUUGUACCAGUGAAGGACAAGAAACUUCUGGAGGUCAAACUGGGGGAGCUGCCAAGCUGGAUCUUGAUGCGGGACUUCAGCCCUAGUGGCAUUUUUGGAGCGUUUCAAAGAGGUUACUACCGGUACUACAACAAGUACAUCAAUGUGAAGAAGGGGAGCAUCUCGGGGAUUACCAUGGUGCUGGCAUGCUACGUGCUCUUUAGCUACUCCUUUUCCUACAAGCAUCUCAAGCACGAGCGGCUCCGCAAAUACCACUGAAGAGGACACGCUCUGCACCCCCCCACCCCAUGACCUUGGCCCGAGCCCCUCCGUGAGGAACACAAUCUCGAUCGUUGCUGAAUCCUUUCAUAUCCUAAUGGGAAUUAACCUCCAAAUAAAACAUGACUGGUACGUGU